AUGGCGUUCAUCUCUCUUAAACCUGCACUCUUGGCGACCGUAGUUGCUCUGUUGUCAUAUGACGCUGAAGCUUUCACAGCCCCAAUGCAGGCAACCGCUCCACGAGUUAAAUCUGUUACUUCCUUGAACAGUUUCUUCAUGUCGGAGGAUGAUAAAAAAGAAGAGGCCGCUAAUCCAGCUCCAGCCCCAGAAUCCAAGGAGGAAAAAAGUUUGGACAAAUUUCAAAUGACCAGUGCCAGAAAGGAGGUUGUCUUUGAUGAAAAGAGUGGACGAUUUUUCGAGACCAACAGAGAUGCAGCCGACUGUAUCCCAGAUGAGGAAUACUGCCAACUCGAUGAAGAUACCGGUGAAAUGAUUCGCUUGACAGUUGCCGAGAAGGAGCGCAUCUUCCUUGACGCCUUGCAGUCUUAUUACAUCAAUGGCAGACAACUUCUUCCUGAUGAAGAAUUCGAUGCUCUCAAGGAAGAUUUGUCUUGGAGUGGUUCCAAAUUGGUUGUCUUGAAUCGGGAAGAAACAAAGUACUUGUCAGCUAUGCAAGCUUACAUGAAGGGGGCACCAAUCUUGUCCGAUACAGAGUUUGAUGCUUUGAAGACUGAAUUGAAGGAAGCUGGAUCCCAGAUUGCUGUUGAUAGUGAACCAAAAUGCUACAUUGAUACAGGAGUCUGCAAGGUGACACUCCAGGAGGACAAUUUCAGAUCUAAUUUGCUGUAUCUUCCUGCUGGAGCCAUCCUUCUCGUUGUUUGGUUAGGACUCGGCUUUGAAUUCAUCGAGCCAUUCAUCCGUAUCAACCCAGUUCUCCUUAUUGCUCUUGGUUCUCCCUUUGUCUACAAUGGUGCCAAGAUUAUCACUGACAACUUUAUCUUCACGGACAAUGAGAUUUUGUAUGGCCCAUGUCCCUCUUGCGAAACGGAAAAUCGUGUCUACUUUGGAGGAAUCCUCGGGGUUGAAGGUUUCACUGAUACUGCAGAGAUCAAGUGCACAAAAUGCAAGGAAGUCAUCACAGUACAAAGAAACACCAAGCGUGCUAGCACCCUGCCAAAGGCUUAA